AGCCCGGCGCCCGCCGCGCCCCUCAUGGCCUCCGCCCCGGAGGACCCCGUCUUGGAGCGUUAUUUUAAAGGUCACAAAGCUGCGGUCACCUCCGUGAGCUUCAACCCCAACGGCAAACAGCUCGCUACUGCAUCCUGGGACACCUUUCUCAUGCUAUGGAAUUUGAAACCACAAGCUAGAGCUUACAGAUAUGUAGGUCACAAGGACGUUGUAACCAGCGUGCAGUUUUCUCCACAAGGGAACUUACUAGCAUCUGCCUCACGAGACAGAACUGUUAGACUCUGGAUUCCUGAUAAGAAAGGGAAAUCUUCAGAAUUUAAAGCACAUACAGCUCCAGUUCGAAGUGUGGACUUCUCAUCCGACGGUCAAUAUCUUGUUACAGCUUCUGAAGACAAGUCUAUCAAAGUAUGGAAUAUGCAUCGCCAACGCUUCUUAUAUUCCUUAUACCGACACACACACUGGGUACGCUGUGCCAAAUUUUCCCCUGAUGGAAGACUCAUAGUAUCGUGUAGUGAAGACAAAACGGUUAAAAUUUGGGAUACCACAAAUAAGCAGUGUGUUAAUAACUUCUCUGAUUCUGUAGGAUUUGCAAAUUUUGUGGACUUCAACCCUAAUGGGACAUGCAUAGCUUCAGCAGGUUCUGAUCACACCGUGAAAAUCUGGGAUAUCCGAGUAAACAAAUUACUCCAGCAUUAUCAAGUUCACAACUGUGGAGUUAACUGUGUGUCAUUCCACCCUUCGGGUAACUACCUCAUCACUGCUUCUUCUGAUGGCACCCUUAAGAUUCUGGAUCUCUUGGAAGGAAGACUCAUAUAUACGCUUCAAGGACACACGGGACCUGUCUUUACUGUUUCCUUUUCCAAAGGUGGAGAGAUGUUUGCAUCAGGUGGUGCAGAUGCACAGGUCUUACUGUGGAAGACUAACUUUGAUGAGUUGCAUAGUAAAGAUCUUAAUAAAAGAAAUCUCAAAAGAUUGCAUUUUGAUUCUCAACCACACCUUCUCGACAUCUACCCAAGAACACCACAUCCCCAUGAGGGAAAAGUUGAGACUGUUGAAAUUAAUCCAAAGCUUGAUGUAAUCGAUUUGCAAAGUUCUUCUCCCCCUGUUGUGGACAUCCUUUCUUUUGAUUCUACUACAACAACAGACACCAUUGAUAGAACUCAGCCAGACAAGAAUGGUGAGGACAUCAGUGCGUAUUUCAUGAACCCAUCCUUGGUACAACCAGGGUGUUCACCAGCUGUGAGAAAGAAGACAGAAGAUGUGAGUGACCUGCUGUCUGACAGUCAAAGAAGCGUACCACUUGCUGUGACCGAUGCACUAGAGCAUAUCAUGGAGCAGCUCAACGUCUUGACACAGACUGUUUCAAUUUUGGAGCAGCGACUGACUUUGACAGAGGAUAAGCUGAAAGACUGCCUUGAAAAUCAGCAAAAGAUUUUCGGUACCAUCCACCAGAAAAGUUGACUAGGAAAGUGUGAACUGAGGCAUGAGAAAUGAGCGCUGUGUAUGUACUCAGGAAGGUAGCCCAGAGGCUCCACCCCUUACCCCACUCGCCACUCCCCAUGACAUUUCUUCAGAGGGUGAGCAACAGAACAAAAGACAGAAAAAGCCUAUUUAAGGACCAAUUUAAACACACAAAUCAAUGUCAAGGACUAAUUUACAUCACUCCCAGGCAUGAUUGCAGUAAUAAAGUGGAGAAGCAUUCAAGCAAUUCCCCCUACCCCCAUAUUAUUUUAUAUAAAUGUCAUUUUUCAUUCAUACCCUAAAUCUUGCCAGGAAAGUAACCAAAUCUUUGGAUUUUACUGCUAAAUUAUUUGAGAAUGAUCAUGUUCAGGAAAUCCCUUGAAGUAAUUAAGUUAUUUCUAUAACAACACACUUGAACAGUGCAAUGAUUCAUUUCUAAACUAGCAUUUGAAAGUAGAGAAUGAGCUAUUGAUCUGGCUCAUGUUUCUUUUAAACAACAACAACAAAAAGCAUCCUCAUAUUAAGGCCAUAAAGAGAUGACGGAUAAAAAUACCAAGACUAUGGAACUUCCACAGUAAGAAUACACCCGAUUAGCAACGGAACAUAUGUAAGGUGAUGCAGAGGGUUUUUAUUUGAUUUCUGCUGUGCAUUCUUUAUCUUUUGACUGACCCAAAGGGAAAUGAAGAGUAAAAAGCAUCUGAAGCACACAUGUAGUUUCUAUCACAAAUGAGUGGGCAGAAUGAUCUGGGUAGUAAUGCACCUGCAAUCACAGUUCGCAGAGAUUUUGUUAGUGUGAUUUCAGCAUGCUAAAAAGCCACAAUGAUGUAACAGAUCUAUUUUAAAAUUUGCACACAUGUAUAUAUACACAUGCCUCAGAAAUACCUUUGCUUAGGGUGAUUUUUGGCAGCCGAAAAAUAAGUUCUAUAUUUAUUCUGAAAAGCAUCAUUUGCAUCAUUGUCUUCCUGGGUUUGUUAUUGUUGUUAAUGAAUUGUGACUUGAAACAAAAUGAAAAUGAGCCAGACUUUCUAAAAGAUUGUGGUUACGGAUUAAGAAUUUUAUCUUAGACAAAAUGGACAAUAAAGUUUAAAAGAAAAAAAAGCAGGCAAAUUAAUUGCAGCUUGCUUUUCCAGUAGCCUGAAUCAAGAACAAAGGUGGGAGAUGGAAGACCACAUUUAUAGUCUCUACUUAUAAUGUGAGGAAAAUACUAUCUAUGGUUUAAAAAACUAAAAUAGGAGAAAAGGUAAAGUCCUGUUUAUGUGAAAAUCUAUAUUGAAACAUUUUUUUCAAAGCAAUUUUAAUUGUACCCAUGACUUUUAUCUUUUUAUCGUCUCCUUGUGUGUUUUAAGUGCCUUUUAUAUUGUGUUUUCUAGACAUUUUCAAGAGCUUACAAAGACUAACUGGUAUUAUAUUUUUAUAACUCCAUUGAAAAAUCUAAAUAAGAAAUGAAAUGUCAUGCAAUUUUUGUUUACAAUUUUUUAUGCUUCAUACA